AUGGCCAUCCGUCCCAGCUUGAGGACGUGCACCGCCCUUCUGAUAAAUCGGUCUUCUUCCUCUUCGUCCGUGGCUUUAACCCGCCGCUCUGCACCUUGUCCGUAUGCCACGGAAAGUGCCCUGGCACCAGCUGGUGGCCAGCGCAGGCGAUAUGCUGUUCCCCGAGCGCCGAGGGUUGGAACCUCGUACUCGGAAGUCUUCACGCUCUCCGACAUCUCCCAAGAAGCACUCGGCAGCAUAAUUUCGAGAAGCGGCAACGUCGACACAUCUCUGUCGGCAGAGAAGUGUUAUGAAUACGCAGGGCGCUUCUCGCAGGCCAUCAAGGAUGGCUCAAGCCCCUGGGCCGUCUCGCUUGGUGGCGGCAAUGCCGAAUCGGCGCGAAUGCUGCAUCAGGUUGCCUGCAUCAUGCGCCAGAUCCAUGGCUCGCGCAGUGCAGAUGCGUUCGCGACGGCCAUGUGGGCGUCUGCUUCGGAAUUGGGCCAUCGUCCCGCGACGCUGUCGUUGGCGCGGCAGCUGAUCCGCUCCGGCGCCUUUGGACGCAUGCCGCAGCUGAGAAAGGUCGAGGCACGGUUUAAGCAGAUGGUCUCGACAGGCAAGGACCCUGAUGCGCUGACCGCCGAGGGCGAGUUGCUCUUCGAGCAGGGUUCGUUCGACGCUGCCGUCACGACACUACGCCGGGCGCUCCGCUUGGCGACGGGCAGUUUCGAGUGGAAAGCCUACUGCCGACUGUGCCUCGGAAAGUCGCUGCUGAAGCUGGGGAAGCGGGAGGAAGCGUUGAAGGUGUUCGAGGCACUAUCCGAGUCCGGCUUCGCCGAGGCUCACAUGGAAAUCGGCAUGAUGCUGCGGUCGGAAGACAGGGAUAAGGCGACGCGGCAUCUAUACGCGGCGGCCUGCGGCGGCCGGCAGCACCUGUUCAGCCACCUGUCCGAGAUGGCCUUGGAGGAGGCGGACGGGAGGUCUCCCGAGGACAGCCAACGGUGGGCCGUGGAGUGGUCUCGCUUGGCGGACCCGCGGGUAGAUUACUGA